UUGACAUCAUUGGUGUAUGAGAAACAAGAGCGUCUAAGAAUUAUAAUGAAAAUGCACGGGCUAGGCGAUGGUCCAUAUUGGAUGAUUUCAUAUGCCUAUUUUCUCACCAUAUCUAUGUUGUAUCUUAUUACUUUGGUGAGCUUCGGGUCUGCUAUAGGACUCAGGUUCUUCCGCCUCAAUGGCUAUAGCAUUCAGUUCGUUUUCUAUUUUAUAUACUUAAAUCUGCAAAUCUCCAUUGCCUUUCUAUUUUCUUCGAUAUUCGAAAAGGUUAAGACUGUAACAGUCGUUGCUUACAUACUGGUCUACGGAACUGGGCUCUUAGGCAGCUUUCUUUUCCAAAAGCUGAUUGAAAGUGAAUCAUUCCCCGAAGAAUAUAUUAUUGGCUUGGAGUUGUAUCCCGGAUUUUCUCUAUACCGCAGGUUGUAUGAGUUCUCGCAAUAUGCCUCCCGUGGAACUGGGAUGAAGUGGCAAGAUAUCAGCGAUAGCGGAAUGAGUGAAAUUUUCUAUAUCAUGUCAGUAGAGUGGUUUCUUGCUCUCAUUGUAGCCUUCUAUAUCGACCAGGUUUUCUCAUCCGGAAAGUCCCCUUUCUUUUUCUUGGUGAACCCUUUCAAGAAACCUUCUUCCCUACCAAGGAGGCCUACUGUGCAAAGGCUGGAUUCUAAAAAAGUCUUCAUAGAUAUGGAAAAACUUGAUGUCACUCAAGAGAGGGAAAAGGUCCAAAAAUUAAGGAAUGAAGGUAGCACAGGGCAUGCGAUCUUGUGUGACGACCUAAAAAAGGUGUAUCCAGGUAGAGAUGGUAACCCGCCAAAAAUGGCAGUAAGAGGGUUGUAUCUAAGCGUGCCUUUAGGAGAAUGCUUCGGCAUGCUUGGACCUAAUGGCGCUGGUAAAACUUCGUUCAUCAGUAUGAUGACGGGGCUCCUCAGACCUUCAUCUGGAACAGCCUUGGUUCAGGGCUUGGACAUAUGCAAAGAUAUGAAUAAAGUCUACACGAGCAUGGGCGUAUGCCCACAACAUGACCUGCUUUGGGAGACGCUAACAGGAAGGGAACAUCUUCUCUUUUACGGGCGACUUAAAAAUAUAAAGGGCUCUAGUCUGACACACGCUGUGGAUGAAUCUCUCAAAAGUGUCAGCCUUUUCGAUGGAGGAGUUGGCGAUAAACCUGCUGGUAAUUACAGCGGAGGUAUGAAAAGGAGGCUUAGCGUGGCCAUAUCGCUUAUCGGGAACCCUAAGGUGGUUUAUAUGGAUGAGCCAAGCACAGGACUUGAUCCAGCCUCGAGGAAGAACUUAUGGAAUGUGAUCAAGCGUGCAAAACAAAACACAGCAAUAAUUCUCACAACUCACUCGAUGGAAGAAGCCGAAUUUCUAUGCGACAGAUUGGGAAUUUUCGUAGAUGGAGGCUUGCAAUGCAUAGGAAACUCCAAGGAACUGAAGAGCAGAUACGGUGGAUCAUACGUGUUCACGAUGACAACAUCUUCAGAACAUGAGGACGAGGUAGAGAGAUUGGUUAAAUCUGUCUCUCCCAACGCAAAGAAGAUAUAUCACCUUGCUGGUACUCAGAAAUUCGAGCUCGCAAAGCAAGAGGUUCGAAUUGCUGAGGUGUUUCGCUCUGUUGAAAAGGCCAAAUCCAACUUCACACUCUUUGCCUGGGGACUUGCCGAUACAACUCUCGAAGAUGUUUUCAUCAAAGUUGCUAGAACUGCUCAAGCUUUUAUUCCCUUGUCUUAAAAGCUAUUUUCAUUUAUAGGGUUCUCUUUUUUUUUUGAUCAAAAAUUUAUGCCUUGAGACACACGCAAACUUAUCACCAUUUUGUUAAUAGUUCUUUAGUGUUGAGGGUAGAGUUGCGGUAGCAAAAAGUUCUGCAAAGGUUGGGUCAUAUGCUCUAAAGCAACACUUCAUGUUAAAUUACUGGACAUAUUUAUAUAU